CUUCUAUCCUCCCCGUCCUGCGGGCACCAGGACCGGCUGCUUGGCGUCUGUCUCGCGCCUGGCCGGUUGGAGGUUAUUUUUAGUGUCCGGUUGGUUCGUGUUGCAGUGUGGGGAGUCACGAUAGAUCAUUUUCCUCUACAGCCCAACCGGGAGACGCUCACGCCGAGUUACGGAGAAUCCUGCUAGAAUAACGGAUAUAACAGAUACCGUGAGCCUUAACCGGUGGAAUAACAAGCCCAGCUGUCCGGUAGGAAUUAAGGGACGACAUUGCCGAGCUUUUCUUAUCAGAGAAAGGAUAUUUAAACCCCACGAACGCACCAUAGCCUACGGAAGCCGUUAUCAGAGAUGGCCAGCACCGGGACUGAGCGCGAGGAACCUCACGUUCCCCUGGACGAACUGAGACAUCCCGAGCCUGCAUUCAGAGAGGCGCAGAAAUGGAUUGAGGAGGUGACGGGAAAAAGUUUCGGUGAGAAGGACUUCCGGAGCGGCCUGGAGAACGGGAUCCUGCUCUGCGAGUUACUGUGUUCCAUCAGACCAGGUUUGGUCCAGAAAAUCAACAGACUACCCUCGCCCAUCGCUGGACUGGACAACCUGUCAGUGUUCCUCAGAGGCUGUGAGGAGUUGGGUCUGAAAGGUUCCCAGCUGUUUAAUCCGGGAGACCUUCAGGACACCUCCAUACAAGCCAACCUCAGGGACUCAGAAUGCAGUAGAAAACUGAAGAAUGUCUUAAUUACAAUAUUCUGGCUGGGGAAGGCAUCCGGUGUGUGCCCCUCCUAUGACGGUCCUGUCCUAAACCUCAGAGAGUUUGAGGGACUGCGAUCACACAUGAGAACGCUGAGUGAGGACAGGUCUGGGUCAGACAGUGUGAGGCCAGGUGUGAGGGACAGUGGUUACGACUGCUGGGACUCAGAGCGGAGUCAGUCUCUCUCUCCCCGACAACACACACGGGACAACUCCCUGGACAGCCUGGAUUCUUUUGGCUCGCGCUCCCAGACUAGCCCCUCCCCCGAUGUCAUCAUCCAUGGCAACAGUGAUGUUGACUCAGACGGCGAUGCCCCCAACAGGAAGGCAGAUGUCCGUCGUGAUGACAUGUUAGCUCGUCGUACGUCGGCCGGUGAAUCACGGAGCUUUGUUCCCUUUAACCAGUUCCUGCCCAAUCGGAACGUCUCUGCCUACGUUCCCACCGCCAGACGCAGAUCACGGCCCCAGGAUGGAGAGCACGGCAGUCUCCCUCAGCCCAUCUUAGAGGAGGGGGAAGGGGGGGAGGGGGGAGGUCCCUUUAAGAGACCACCAGGGCCCCGCUCCAGAAACUACAAGACAGUCACAUGGGCCCCAGAUGGGGAGGAGCCUAAAGAGGAAGAGGGGGUUCUUGGGCAGGAAGAGGAAGUGUUGAAACGGGAAGUAGAAGAACAUCGGCGACUGCAGAGGCUGGAGAAGGCGGGGAUUAAAGUUCUGCCCGCUGUGAUUCGCUACGGCAGACCGGCGCCCCGUCUGGAGCAACAGGAAGUUAAGUCACCAUCCCCUGACAUCAUCCUGCGUCGCCAUAAUGACUUCCUGACCAACCAGAGGGCUGCGUGGGACUCUGACUCUGAGGGUGAGGCAGAGGGUGAAGAGGGGGGAGGAGGGGUGAGGAGGGUUCCUGACAUCCGUAGAGAUGACCUGGCCUCCCGACGCGCCCCCACGCCCCCACUGCUCCCACAGCGUACCAGUUCCGGAACCCCUGACAUCAUCUCUGUGGCGACGGGGUCAAUGCGAGGUUGUUCUAAGGUUGUGACCUUUGGCGGCGUGACAGAGCUGGAGGAACAGCCAAUCAGCUCUUCCCGGGAAGGGGAGGAAUCUCAGUUGUUACGGCGACUGCUGGCCAAGGCAACCGUUGCCAUGCCGAUCAUCGCGCUGGGUUCCCAGCUCUCCGAGCAGCAGGAUAGCCAUAUGGGCGGAGUAGACGCUGCACAUACCCCGCCUCCCAACCCUGUCCCAUCCCCCCUGAGCCCAGAGGCUCCUUCCACCCUGUUGGAGCUAGAAUCCCGUCUGGCGCAGUACGAGAGGAGACACCCCAACGUGGCAAUGGUCGUCAGGCCGCCCGUUCCCAGCCAUUGUAACUAUGAUGAUGAUGAUGAGGAUGAGGAAGAGUGCCCUGUACCAGACCUGGAGAAGGAUGAUAUGUUGGCUCGUAGGACCAGGGCAUACCAACACAGCGCGGGGAGAACCGGACGCUCCUUUAACCUGUUCCUGCCUGUCCCUGGAGCGGCCCAACAGAAGAACACCCCCUCUGGUGGACCCAACCAACUCUACCAGAACACCCCCUCUGGCUUCCUGUCUAGGAGCAUAAGUAUAAUUAACAUGCACAGUGAGGAAGAGGGGGCGGGACUACUUCAGCCUCUCGGCCAAUCACGAUAUGACAGCAUGCAGGAACAGUACACCAAUCACCAGGAGGAGGAGGAGGAAUGGCAAGACGACCUAGCCCGGUGGAAGAGUCGUCGCCGCAGUGCUUCUCAGGCUCUGAUCAGGAAGGAGGAGGAGAGGAAGCGGAUGGAGAGGAUGAUGAAGGAGGAGGAGGGAGGCCACACCCAGAAGAAGAAGAACAUCAAGACGUACAGAGAGAUCGUAGAGGACAAAGAGCGUAGGGAGGCGGAGCUGUGUGAUGCGUACAGGAGGGCGGGCUCUAAAGAGGAAGCUGCCAUGGUUCUCCAGCAUUACGCUCUCCGCUUCACCAUCAGUGAUUCAACGCUGGACAGUCUGCAGCUACCUAGAACCAUUACUACUGACCAGAACCCUGAGUCUAGAACCAUUACUACUGACCAGAACCCUGAGUCUAGAACACCUACUACCAACCAGAACCCUGAGUCUAGAACCAUUACUACCAACCAGAACCCUGAGUCUAGAACCAUUACUACUGACCAGAACCCUGAGUCUAGAACCAUUACUACCAACCAAAACCCUGAGUCUAGAACACCUGCUACCAACCAGAACCCUGAGUCUAGAACCAUUACUACUGACCAGAACCCUGAGUGUAAAAUCAUCACUACUGACCAGAACCCUGAGUCUAGAACCAUUACUACUGACAAGAACCCUGAGUCUAAAACCAUCACUACUGACCAGAACCCUGAGUCUAGAACCAUUACUACUGACCAGAACCCUAUCCCUAGAACCAGUAUUAAUAACCAGAACUCUGAGUCUAGAACCAUUACUACUGACCAGAACCCUGAGUGUAAAACCAUUACUGCUGAAACUCUGAGU